AUGGCCGAGACUCGUGCACGCUCUGGUCUUCUGACCGCGUUGUUGUUGGCCGUGGCUUGCCUCGUGUCGCUGCAGGCGUUUGUCCCGGCCCCCCGUGCAGAGUCCCCUUCUCUGCGGGGCCUGGCUGUGGCUGCCAGCGUCGCGGCAGCACCGGGCGUCGCCUCCGCUGGCGACGAGUACCUGAACUACAACAUGACAGGUGAGUUCACGCCCUUCAUGGUCAUCGGCUACUUUGGCCUUACUACUUUCCUGACUGCAUUUGCGUUCGGCUCCUACCUGGUCCUGACCAAGCUGAAGAUCAUCUGA